AGCCCGGCGCGAGGUGCUGCAGCUGCGCGCCGCAGAGGACGGGCGAAACUCAGCGCGGCAGUGAGCGGGUCCCCCAACAAGUUCCCAACGCCGCCGGGAUGGAGAGCCGGCCGUCGAAGGAGCCCGAGAUCGAGCUCUUCGUCAAGGCUGGUCUGGAUGGAGAAAACAUCGGGAACUGCCCCUUCUGCCAGCGCCUCUUCAUGGUGCUGUGGCUCAAGGGGGUGAAGUUCAACGUCACCACGGUGGACAUGACCAGGAAACCCGAAGAGCUGAAGGAUUUAGCGCCAGGCACCAACCCACCCUUCCUGCUGUUCAACAGGGAGCUGAAAACCGACUUCAUCAAGAUCGAGGAGUUCCUGGAGCAGACCCUGGGCCCACCCACGUACCCGCACCUGAGCCCCAAGUACAAGGAGUCCUUUGACGUGGGCAGCGACAUCUUCGCCAAGUUCUCGGCGUACAUCAAGAACCCGCGCAAAGAAGCAAACAGCAACCUGGAGAAGGCGCUGCUGCGGGAGUUUCAUCGGCUGGAUCAGUACCUCAACAACCCGCUGCCCGAGGAGAUCGACCAGGACAGCGUGGAGGACAUCGCCGUCUCCAAGAGGAAAUUCCUGGACGGGGACCACCUGACGCUGGCUGACUGCAACCUCCUGCCCAAGCUGCACAUCAUCAAGAUUGCAGCCAAAAAGUACCGCGACUUCGAGAUCCCGGCCGACAUGACGGGCGUCUGGCGCUACCUCAACAACGCCUACGCCUGCGAUGAGUUCAGCCACACGUGUCCCGCAGACGAGGAGAUCAUUCACACCUACGCCAGCGUGGCCAGGAAGAUGACCUAGCCCCGCUGCAGGACCGCCGGUCCCUCCGCCUCCCACCAAACCCUGGCCAAGAGAGGGGCUGGAGGGGGGUUUGGCAUCCCUAGACCCCAACCUGUGGAAACAGCGCCUUGCUUUGCACCCCCCCACGUGCCACCAGCACUGACCGCACCUAUGGACCGGUCGCUGCGUGGCCACAGUGGCAACCGUGUCACUGUCCCUCCCCUCCCUCCCCUCCAAAGAAAAACCCAACACCCUGGUGUCAUGACACAUCAUGGGAAAAGCCAAGCACCGGACUUCGUGGUGGAGACGAGACCUCCCAGCGGGUCCCACCACCGCCACCACCCGCGCUGGAAGAGGUGAGACCGCCCCAAAGGUCCCACCACCAUCCGUGCUUGGGCCGGCUGCCUGUCCCACGAGGCAUCCAGGCUCCAGCUGAAGACACCGAAAGCUCUUCCCCUACAGUUUAUCUGCAGCGAUAGCUUGCAACAUGCGUCCGUGUCCUCGCGGGGACGUUUGGGCAGGUCGCUGCUGGGGAUGGCGCUUGGUGUGCUGGUGCGGGGACCUGCUGGUGGCUGGGAAGGAGGGAUGCGGGGACACACGGAGGGCUCUGCGGGGUCUCCUCACAGACCUGCAGCCCCAGGGCAUCAGGGACAUCCUGCAGGGGCCAGGCGGUGCUGGCUGUGAGCUCCCACCUGGCCCCUGUGAGAUAACAGGUCCUGACGGACCCCCGCAGGAGAUGCAGCCAUGUGCAGCCCCACGUCCGCUGCCCCUUCCCUGCUCCCCACCAGCACUUCCCCACCUGAUCUGGGGAGAGGCAUGGAGCAGAGCAUCCACCUGGUUCCCAUACCCAGCACCAGCUGAAAGCUGCUUGGCAAAGCACCCAGGGAGACACCUGGGCAGGUUUGGUGCCAGCCCGGCUCAGUUUUUAUGCCUUCCCACCAGGUGCCAAAGCCUCCCGGCCUCCCCAUCCCACACCUCCACCUCCUCCAAGGGCUUCUGCCCAUGCAUGCCAACUCCGCCAGCCCCCUCGAGCCCCCAUGGCCAGCAAAAAAUACUGUACAGUGAGCGCCAGGGUCCCGCAGGGACCCGCGACGGCAGAGCCACCCGCCAGCUCUCACUGCCACCUCCCUCUUUGCACUAAAAGGUGUGUCCUCGCAAGCCUGCUCCCACAGCACCGGGUUUGGGGACUGGUUUUGUAACUGAUGGGUUUCAGGUUGUUUGUUGGGUGUUAUUUUUUUGUAACUAAGAACAGCAAUAAACUUUAUUUUAAUACGC